CUACGACCCUAGGUAGUUGAGUAACGUCGCUCCGACACCGGCUAAUUUCAGUGGACAAUACCGUAGCUAUCUCUCAUAGCUAUCAGAACCCCACCUACUCGGAUGCAUAAUGAAGAUUAUUACACGACGAGCAUGUCGUUUACAAUAGUCAGGACCACCGCUGGAUAACGUUAAACCCCAGACGAUGUAGAUGUAUAACUUGAAAUUGACCGAGGCUCGCAAUAGCUGCAGACGCUGCAACGCUAAGAGACCAAAGCCGAUGCAGGCACCUGUCGUCCGUCUCAACGGUGGGGCGACACUGGAUGUGGAAAGAGCUUCCCAAAGCUUUUCAAUGUUCCCCUCAACCACGUUUUGGUGUGUCGGUUCAUCCCACACCAACUGCCCGUGCUUCACCGUUCCUUGUCUCCGUCUGUAAACUUCGUGUUUGCAGGUGCUAUUUAAAUAACCGCCUUCCCACUCGCCCCCCCUUGGUUUGGUUCCAGCCAACUGCAAACACCCUCCCCUCCCUUAGAAUCAAAGGCUUUGCUCUACCAUUCAACUCAACCGCCUAAAACCAACAUGUCGAACGGUCUGCCCCCAGUCUACAUUGCGGCUGUUGCCAGGACGCCCGUGGGGUCGUUUCUUGGAUCUUUGUCCAGCUUGAGCGCUACCCAACUCGGGUCCCACGCCAUUAAGUCCGCCGUCUCGCGCGUGCCGGAGAUCAAGCCUGAGGAUGUCGAGGAGGUCUUCUUUGGAAACGUGCUUUCGGCCAACGUCGGCCAGGCACCCGCACGGCAGUGUGCCAUCGGCGCCGGCCUCUCAAACUCAGUCUCCUGCACGACCGUCAACAAGGUCUGCGCCUCGGGUAUGAAGGCCAUCAUCCUGGGUGCCCAGACCAUCAUGACUGGCAACGCCUCCAUCGUCGUCGCCGGCGGUACCGAGUCCAUGUCCAACACCCCCCACUACCUGGCUACCUCGCGCUCCGGCACCAAGUACGGCGACCAGACCCUGAUCGACGGCAUACAGAAGGACGGUCUGCGCGACGCCUACGGCAAGAAAGAGCUCAUGGGUGUUGCCGCGGAGCUGUGCAGCGUCGACCACGAGCUCUCGCGUGAGGCUCAGGACGAGUACGCCAUCAAGUGCUACCAGAAGGCCCAGGCCGCCACCGAGGCCGGCGUCUUCAAGGCCGAGAUUGCCCCUAUCGAGGUUAGCGGCGGUCGCGGCAAGCCCAACGUCACGGUCGACCGCGACGAGGAGGUCAAGAACUUGAACAUCGAGAAGCUCAAGUCGGCCCGCCCGGCCUUCCAGACCACCGGAGGCACUGUCACAGCCCCCAACGCCUCCCCGAUCAACGACGGUGCUGCUGCCGUUGUUCUGGUUUCCGAGGCCAAGCUCAAGGAGCUCGGCAUCAAGCCUCUGGCCAAGAUUCUUGGCUGGGGUGAUGCUGCUCGCGAGCCCGAGCGUUUCACCACUGCUCCGGCCCUGGCCAUCCCCAAGGCCAUCAAGCACGCUGGUAUUGAGCAGAAGGAUGUCGACUUUUACGAGAUCAACGAAGCAUUCUCGGUUGUGGCCCUCGCCAACAUGAAGAUCCUGAACCUUGACCCUGAGACUGUCAAUGUCUUUGGUGGCUCCGUCGCCAUUGGCCACCCCUUGGGCUGCUCGGGUGCCCGUAUUGUUACCACCCUCACCACUGUCCUCAAGGAGAAGAAGGGCAAGAUUGGAUGCGCUGGUAUUUGCAACGGUGGCGGUGGUGCAUCGGCCAUUGUGAUUGAGAACCUGCAGUAGGAACGGUGGCAGAGGUCCAAUCUCUGAUUGAUACCCCAUAACAACAAAUGGUGAAGCCAACAGUUGCCAGGGCUGCUUCAACCGCCCCGCCUCCCCCCCCCCCAACAACAACAAAAAAAAAAUCACCUUAGAUGUUCCCUGUUUUGCUGCGUGGAAUCAUAUAUAGUCUGAGGCGGUUUUCGCAGAUUAUGACCGAGACAAGGACCUCAGAGAAUAGAAUUUAAAGAAUAAAAAAAAAACAUAAAAGCACUUCACUAAAAACUCCACAUAUUCUGCUACCGGUGAAUCACAG